CGAAAACUUGUUGUGGUGCCCCUAAUUGGCGGGUUGCCUAACAGUAAACAAAACGCAACUUUGCCAUUUCGCAGUCCUCCCAGCUUACAGCGAAGCACCCUAUAAUACAGUCUGAGUGGCGACUUUUCAUCCAACAGUCUCCGAUAUCCGUAACGUGAACCUUAAAUCCUCCCGUCCAUCAUGAGUGAGCUGCAGCUCAUCGUCGAGAACCUCAACAAAGAACCAUUCCGUCUGGGCCUGACGCUCGUGGCUUUCGAUGAAAAGAGCAACUUUGAGUUGCUGCAGAUUCUGCACGAGGUCUUCGUGGAGAUCGAUCCGACGCGUCACUCUGGAGUGGAUCUUCGUGCGGAGGCAGAUGAGGUGCGAGCUCAACGCUAUUUGGAGUUCUUGCAGCUACUCAAGUUCCAACUUCCUCGAGACCUCGACGGGUUCCGAGAAGCUCUGGCCCAUGGAGAUCGACAGACCAUCUACACACUGCUGCACUGGGCACUCAAGAGUCUGCCUGCACACCAGAAACGAGCGUAUCUCGGUCGCUUCCUGGCUCCUCUCAAUGUGCCUCAAGAGUAUUUCGGAGAUGGCUCGUUAAAUGCCAUGUACGAGCACUACCAGCAGCUACAGAAUCAGUUUAAAACUGUACACAAAGAGGUGGAUCAACUACGAGCUUCCAAGUCUCGUCCUGGUGAGCUACGGCGUGAGAUCUCCCAAUUGGAAGAGGAGUCUCAUCAACUCACUGAGAAGAUCGCUAACUUGAAAAAGAAGACAACCUCAGACCCAGGAUUUCAGGAAUUAUUAGCUGCUACGAGCGCACUGCGCAAAGAGCAGGAAGAACAGGCCAAACUAGCAGAACGAAAGCGAGACCAGUUACUGUCACUGUCACUAGCGGAGAAACGCGCACGAGAAGCUGAAGCGCGACUGCAAGACCUUCGAACUUCACUGUCGCAGGACGCUACACCAGAGCAGCUUUUUGAGCGUCUACAGGCCCAAGUGGCUCGCAACAGUGAGAUCCUCACGACCAAGUUCCCAGCAGAGUUUCGAACCCAACAAGAGACUUUACAGCGUCUCGAACGGGCCCUCAGUGAGCCUCCUAAGACAGAACACGAUAUCGCUGACAUGGAGGACGAAGUACAGGCACUUAGACGUGCCAUUCAACAGUACCAGACUCAGAUUGCCGACGCCCAGGUGGCUCAAGGUAGCGGAGAAGAAGACAAGCUCGCAGUCUUCCGCCAACACGCUAACCUUCAAGCUCGUAAGUUGGCCGAGAAAGAAGAGGAACUGGAGCAGCUACGAGCCGAUAAGCAACGUCUUGUACGUAGCACGGAAGAAUUGGAGGCCAAGUUGGCGUCAAUCUCCGGGAAUAAGUUUAUGAGUCGUGAAGAGUUCAAACAGUACGCUACAACUUUACGCAACAAGACCAACCAGUACAAGAAGGUCAAAGCGGAACUGGCGGAACUCACAGCCGAGAGUGUGGUGCUGCAUCGCACAGAGCAGCUACUUAAGAGUAAAGACGCCGAUUUAGAGGGGUUCCUACGCGAUCUAGAACGCCAGAAAGGCGUCAGUGGGUUCCUGGCAACGCAAGAUAAGAUCGACGAUGUCUCGGUGCAAAAUGCGCGAGUGAAUGCUCUUAAAGGCGAGACGCUCGAAGAGAUCUCGCGUGUGGUUACCGACAUCAACCAAGCGCUUAAAGAGCGUAAGAACCAAUUGGCUCCACAGAUUAAGGAGCUGCGUACAGUUCGUCAACGUUACCAGGAGAUGGAGCAGGUUUAUCUGGAGCGCAAAGCUCAAUACGAUCACACAGCUGUUGGCCUUGAGGCUGAGCGCCUGAAGCUUGAACAGGAGUGUGCUGCCUUCCAGGAGGACGCACUACGCGAGGAGUCUCAGUUCCAUCUACUGCAUUGUCAGCUACAGCUACAACAGGGCAAAGCUGACAAAAUUGCGCAAGAAAUUGAGUUCGAACAGGGCACCUCGAACGCUCGUCUGCUUCGAGACAUCCGCUCGUUUCAAGAACUUUACAAGCACAAAGUGGCGCAACAGGAAUCGCUCACCAAGGAGCUUCGUAAGCAACAGAAAACGCUCAAAACUUCUGCGCCUGCUAAGAAGCAGCAACGAGAAAUGUUUGAAGGGUUAUUGCAGCUUCUCGCGUGCAAAUCUCGUCUCGCUCAGCAAGAAAACCAAGGAAACGCUAAUGCAAACCGAAGCGGAGGCGGAGCGGGACAGGAUCUCUUCGACGGACGCACGGACAUCGCGCACUAUGACGUCGGAGGAGCUAACGUUAUGACCCUGGAAGCGUAACGGGAGGAAUCAGAUUCAUUUUCUUGCAUAAUAUAUUUUAUUUUGUGUUAUUCGUCGA